AUGAAAAAAUACGUGUCAGCCAAGUACCAGCACAAGGUUCUUCGAAAUUUAUACAAAAAUUUCGAAAAUGGAAGUUUUUGUGAUCUAACCAUAGUUUGCAAAGACGCUUCCUUCAAAGUGCACAAACUUGUUUUGGCAUCUAGCUGCGAUUUUUUUAGCUCAAUGUUUCAGUUUAAUUUCAAUGAAAAUAAAAGCAACACAAUUGAUCUGUCACACUCCAAAGCGAGCAUCAUCAGAGCUGUGAUCAAAUUCGUUUACACUGGGAGUGUGAAAUUAACAGAAGACAAUGUUCAAGAUCUCUUAAUAGUGGCUGAUCAAUAUGGUUUGUCUGAUUUAUUUAAGAUCUGUACCAAAUUUUUGGAGAAAAAUAUAUAUGCUUCUAAUGUUAUUGGCAUGCACAUGUUAGCAGAACAGUUGAAUUGUAUAAACUUGAAGAAUCAUUCAUUCAAAUACAUGAAGAACAAUUUUAGUGAUGUUGUUAAAUCUGAUGAAUUCUUAUCUAUGCCACUCAAUCUCUUCAUCAACUAUAUUUCAGCUCCAGAUCUCUCUAUAUGUACUGAAAUUGAGGUAUUUGAGGCAGGGUUGGCCUGGAUAUGUCAUGACUUGAAAGAGAGAGAAUCCAGUGCUGAAGAAGUGAUGAAAACAAUGAGAAUUUCUGUUUUACCAUAUCCAGUUGUGAACGACAAACUUCAGUUUUGUUCAUCAAUAAUUGUGAAGAAUUAUUUGGGCAAAGUUAUUUCUGAAAUGCUGAAUGGUGAUUAUGGCAAAUCUAUAUGCAGAUCUAACAGAUUAAUGAUUGAAUGUCCCAUAAAUCGUUUGAGUGCCUCUCCGAGAAUUUAUUUUAUGGAGUUGAUCUACUCACCUAUCAGAUGUAAUAGAUCAUCAUCAAUGAUGUAUUACGAUGUUAGACGAAAUGAAAUGAAAACCAUUCCUUUAAUAAAACAGCAAUCAGAUGACACAGAGCAGUUGAUAGCUGCUGUUGAUAGGAGGAUAUACUUUUUUGGUGGAUUCGGUAAUUUGAAAACAAUUGAAAUGCUGGAUACGUAUGAAAAUCAGCACAAAACACUUGGACCAUGGCCUCGCAGACGAUCUUUUGGUGCUGCAUGUUCUGUUGGCAAUGAAAUCUACCUGAUUGGUGGCUUACAUGAGACUGACAACUUCCACUCUGAUAUUGACAUCUUCAACACAUGGACAAAAAAAUGGCGGGUGUUACCAUUUCCUAGGGAGUAUACCUCUACUCAACACCUAGGGGUCGUUUAUUGGAAAGUGUUUAUUGAAAUUAAAGGCUUGAUCUAUAUAAUUGGUGGAGAAAAUGGGGAACAGGAAGCCGUGAGUCAGUGCCUCAUCUUCAACCCAAUUACAGAAAAGUUUGAUGACAUGCCUAACUUGCUGACUCCAAGAUCUAGGUUUGGAAUCAGCUGUUACAAGGAUCACAUCUACGUUGCUGGUGGGUUUGAUCACGACUCGAACAUACUCUGCACUAUUGAAAGAUACUUCAUAGAACGGGGCCAUUGGGAAAAAGUAAACUCUCUGAAUGUAUCAAGAUAUAUGCCAACAAUGGUGACAGUCUUAGAUAAGUUGUACAUUCUUGGUGGAAACACAAGCUUAUCUUACUCAAGUUCUGCUAUCUUUGAAGUUUAUGAUCCACAGAAGAAUAAAUGCUCUAAAAUAGAGCCACUCUUACCACUCCUAAUGCAUCCAUGUGCCAUUGCCAUCUGA